AUGGUGGGCGGCGAUGCACCCAAGCCAAUGGAGGGCGCGGGUGGCGCGCCGGCGCGGCGCGGGGUUCGGGCACGCGGGUGGGGUGAGCGGCGGCGGCGGUGGCGGCGGCAGCGGCGGCGGCGCGCCGCCUGGGAGGUCGGUCGUUGGCUCCCGGUAGACGCAUUCUGGACGGGUCGGCGCCGCACAGCAGCCCCGACCAGGGACUUCGUAAACGGCGGCGGGGCGUUGACAGGAUGCCGGCUCCCAGCCCUCGCUUGUACCCGUCUGCCGUCGUGUGAUGCGGAAGGGGGCCGUCGCCGGGUACAUCUAGUGCCCUCCGCUCCGCUCAGCGCCGGUUCGCGCGGUUUUCUUCGUCCUCGCCUCCGCCUCCGCCUCCGCCUCAGCCGCCGCCGCCGCCACCGCCGCCGCCGUCGCGACCGCCGCCGUCUCGGCCGUGUCUGA